UAUUUCUCUAUUAGAGGCUAGGCUAGUACAGAGUAGUGAUAAGUGGGUCACAGUAGAUGUUCAGAGGAGUGAUGUAAUAGUUUCACCUUGGUCUAUUCUAGUGAUGUUAAUUUUAUCAAAUUG